CGCUCGUUCUGGGCGAGCGGUCUUGAACUUGGUCAGCGGCAAUCAUUCGAGUACAAAGUGGCAUAUAUAGCUCGUUAAAUAUUUAAGUGAUUACUUUAAGACUACAAAUCACAAUCAUCGUUAAUUGCACUGUGCUUUAAAAAAGGGUUUGACUGUAGGCAAAAAACACAGCUGAGGCUGAGCGAUAUGCCUUUAAAGAAUAUUGCACAUGCCAUAUCUUACGUUUUAUCUUGAAAUUUAGUCUUUUAUAUUAUGUUGUCAUAUAAAUAUAAAAAUAUUAUGUGUGUGUUUGUUAAGUUAAGUCUUUAAUGUUGCUAGUUUAAUUUAUUUGUUUUGUAUGCCAUUUGUUGUUUUAAAAAUAUAAAUAGCUGAUAAUUUUGAACGUUUAAUUUGUGCAAUUUAAAUGGGUUCCACAGGCCCGAUGCCGCUCUCUUCUCUGGCUCUGGCGCGCUCUUCUCUCGCGCUCUCUCUCGCGCUCUCUCUCUCUCUCGCCUUAACCUAUCUAACCUAACCAUUUGAUCGCCAGUCUACUUUGAACCCUCGUUACGGGCGAGUGAUCUCGAGAUUGAUCUAGAAUUGUUUAUCGCCAAACUGGAAGCUCUCACAUGGCAGCCACGAAUUUGGGAUUUGGCAUUGUCUUGUUGAAUGUCAUAUGGACACUUUACGAUAUUGGCAGUGCCAGCUUCAGUCUGUGCGCAGAUGAAUUAGACCACACGACGGCUUGGCUGUGGAUUGGAGCGUAUUCGCUCAAUUUAUUUCUCAAUGUGUUUCUCUUUGUGCGGCUGCCAAAGAGCGACCUUUUGGCCAUUCAAUCGUGGUUCUCUUUUACGAUUGUUUUGCUACUGUUGAGGGUGCUUUGCGUUGACUUUAUGGAACUUUCUGUCUAUGAGCUGUAUCCUUAUAUAAUUAUCAAUGUUUAUAUAUUCGCAUCACUCAUUGUAAUGGCAAUAGUUUACAUUAAAGUAAGGGGUAACAAAUCCUAUAAGCCGCCCAAACAAGUCCUGCAAACGGUCAACUACAUACUGACAACAAAUCAAACAAUUAAGAGGACCAGGCCCGCCAGGAUAUAUGCACCGGUAAUAAGCAGACCAUUUGUCGGAAGAGCUCAUCGGAAUAGCAUUGCCCGAAUGGAAGGCGGAACGUGGCACGAAACUCCACAGCUAGAUCAUAGCCUCAGCUCGAGUGCGUCGUUUAACAAUUUUAUGCUCAGCGCACUUCAGACAAGCUCCUCUGCAGGUGAUAGCACUUUUUGUGAGAAUGUCGUCGACGGCGGCGGAGGUGUGCGCCAUGAUUCUGGGGGCGGGGAUGACGAUAGUGGAGGCGGCGGCAGUGAUUAGAUUAGAAUGUGGAAUAGAUUGUGAAAAUCAACAAGAAAAAUACUCGAAUAUUGCUUCAAACUCGGAAGUGUUUGCUUCAAAAAAAAAAAAAAAAAAAAACAUGGAAGCAAGUAUGAUUGCAUUUAUCUUUGAACAAAGGUCAC